CAUGUAAUCCUGCAAAAUAUUUUAAAAUCAUGUAUAUUGAAAGAUAAUUUUACCGGUACAAAUUUUUAAAAUAAGGGCAGAGCGCGCGCUCCUUUGAAAUGGUUGCCCUGGAAACCUUUAAUUGCGCAAGAGGACAAAUGACUCGACGCUCGGCGGGCAAAAAAAGAGCGAUGUGUUGAAUUUUUAGUUUAUUGUCCCUCAACACUUCAACAGACCCCUGCCGAGUUCAAAGAGUCCCGCGGAGUGUGCUAUAUGAUAAAUGUUUACAACUUUGACCUACAAAAACAUUCUAGUAGUUUAUUUAUCACUCCUAAAUUGAGCAGUAAUGCCCUGUAAAGUCAUUACAUAAAUUAUAUCUAAAUAAACGAUUAAACGCAUGCUAGGUUUUAAUCUUAAAUAGGCUAUUAAAGCUAAAAUAAUUUAAUAAAAAUACAGAGACGGCAGAACAGACCAAAAGUCAACUAUUGCCUUUCAGAUUAUGCCUAUAGUCCGAUAAUGGCCUUAAUCUCGAUUAACCCACUAUUAAUUAAGCCUAUCAAUCAUUACGAUGAGCUCAAGAUCUGAAUGAUCCUUAGAUUAGUCUAUAUUGUGAAGUUUAUUGUUUUCGAGGAGGGGAGAGUUGUUGUCCUAUAGCUCCUCCCUCGUGAUUGUUAAGAGCCGAAGUGAUUCAGUGUCAUUGUUUGAGAGGAGCGGAUCAAACACCUCACACAGAGAGCCUCCUUUUCUCAUGGAAAUAAAGUGUCUGCCUCUCACGGAUGAAGUUUCUGUAAUGCAAAGAAGUCAAGCACACGGGGACAAUUGCUGAGGGAAGCAGGACUGAAGAGCGCGCGGGACACUUUCGAGAUAAUAAACCACAUCCUCUUACAGCAUCUGAAUGAGGACGAUCGUUAAAAGUGGCGUUAUUCCGUGAGAUUUAAUGCGGUACUGCUGAACAUGUUUUACUCUGGACUGUGUACGCUUGUGUUCGGGCUGCUGUGCGUUGUGCGCUCCGCGGGCGCAUCGGCGUGUCCGUCGGGGUGCGAGUGCUCGGAAGCCGCCCUGACGGUCAAAUGUGUUUCUAAAGAUUUGCGGGACAUACCCACUGGCAUCCCGGGAUACACGAGAAAUCUGUUCAUCACCGGAAACCACAUCAGUCGUAUUGGUCCAGAGUCUUUCCAGGGACUGGACAAUGUGACAAAUUUGGCACUGUCUAACAACAGGAUCUCUGAGGUGAAGUCUCAUGCAUUUUCUAGCCUGCGAAGUCUCCGGUCGCUGGACCUAAGCAACAACCAGCUGGCUCUUAUCCAUCCCGAGGCAUUCACUGUCAAGAGCCGCACACUGAAGGAGCUCAACCUUAGCCGAGCUCUCUACAACCAUUCUUCUGUCAUUGAUUUAGCCACGUCUCUUCGCUGGAGCAGCCUGGGUGAUCUGCUAGUGCUGGACCUGUCCAGUAAUGGCCUCGUCUAUUUGCCCCCUGGCAUUUUUUCUCAUCUUGUUGGCUUGCAGAGCCUUCAGCUCGGUAAUAAUUCUAUAGUUGCAAUCCAUAAUGGGACUUUCGCAGGGCUGGAUCAUCUUCAGGAACUUGAUUUAACCCAAAACGCCCUCAGAACAUUGCGGGACGAAGCUCUUAAAGAGUUUGAACACUUUCAUAUGGUAAGGCUCCGCUUGGCAGACAACCCUUACACUUGCGUCUGCGACAUCAAGCCUUUUGCAGCCUGGCUGAAUGUCUCGCGUGCACAUGUGGCGGAUGUGGAGCGCCUCACUUGCGUUUUCCCCGUCGAACUGCAGAACACAUCACUGCUGACGGUGGGCGAGCUGGAGUUGGGUUGUCACAGGGUGGGAGAGACCGACAACAUAGCACUGCAGACCUCUUACGUGUUCCUGGGUAUCGUGCUGGGAUUUGUUGGUCUCAUGUUUCUUUUUGUGCUCUACCUGAACCGCAAGGACAUUAAGAAACGGAUCUACGAAAUGCGAGAUGCCUGCCGGGAAGUGUGGGAAGGAUAUCAUUACCGAUAUGAGAUGGACUCUGAUCCCAGACUGUCACAGGUCUCCACAACGGUCGAUGUGUGACCGGGCGCAAGCUCCUCUUGUGUGAACUUUUUUUACUGCAUUAAUAUGUGAAAAAUGUACAUUUGUGUUUCAAUAUUUAAGUAGUCCUCCAUAUGUACUCUAGCAUGUAAAGUCUUGUUUUUAACAAGCACACCUCCCCCUCAAACUCAGAAUUGGCCCUCGAAAAGCAUUUGCUUUUUAAUCAUUACUGGAUGCUGGAGGAUUAGCCCAAUAAAGGGCAGAAGCCAUAAAGUAAGUCUGACUACCACCAACAAACCCCCCACCACCCUCCAUUGUACUGGAAUAUAGCCCUCAACCUUUUUGGUUUAACUACAGCUUAAGUGCCUUGUUUGUAGGAUUCAGGGGGCUGAACAGAGACAUGGGCGACUCCGAUAUGUACGUGUGUAUGCUAUAGUGUUUAUAAAGUCUGAGGAGCCGUAUAUCGCAUGCUUUCGCAGACCUUUCUUUAUAGAUCCAUAUGAGGUCUGAGAGACCGAGCAACAGAAUUGGCCGUUUUCUGUGGUCCUUUCUGUCCUUCUAUCCACAGGGAGUCUGAGAAGAAUGUGCCGGAUUUUCUCUCCAAAAGCAUUCCAACAUGAGGAUCACCUCCUCUAAGCUCUAGAAGGAGGGUCUUUUGAAGAAAGAGCCCCAGUUUGUUGAAAUAUCUGGCUCUUUUUUCAUUCAAAAGAGACAUUUGGCUUUGUUUUUAUUCUGCUCAUUUUUAUUGUCAGAAUGAUGAGAACCAGCCCUUACGAGGGCCGCUGAGCGAGACCCCUCCUCCUUAAACACUGCAGAGAGGCUGCCGGCUCUUUGAAGGCUCGUUUUCUCAUAUGUUCCCCAGCUUUUUCUGUUUAAGGGACUUUACAGUGAUAAGAUACAGAUGAAACUCGGGCUGUUGUGCAGAAGGGUCUCCUGCUCUGUAUUGAGUACUGCUUCUAACUGUAAAAAGACUGAACCUAAGAAAAGAAAAGUCUCUGUGUUGUCAACUUUACUUGUGUCUGAUGUUUUAUGAUACAAUGACAUGUUUGGACGCAGUGUUUUGGAUUGAGAAAAAAAAUUAUAAUCUGUGGAAAAAUACCAUAACUUUUGUUGUGAUAAUGAAAAUGUACUUGUGCCUAAUUAAUUAAUUACCUGUUAAGAUAUUUGGUACAGGAAGUUUGGGAUUGUCUUCCAUUGUGUUUUAUAGCUUUACACUUAUAUGAUUCAUUUAAAAAUAAAUGAACCUUUAACAUAAAAGAGACAACCUUGUAUGGCAAAAGCAAAAUGUUUACUCUUAAAUUUUCAAGGUAUCCAGCAAAAGACAACAAACUGUCAUGCAUUAAGUUUUCUUCUGGACAGAGAUUGUUUUGCAUGCUUAAAAAUAAAGUUUUUUAAAUUGAAAACUUAAAUUAGCAUGUUGCUUUAGAGCUGUAAUUACUUUUUGUUAACAGUACAGCUCGUAGCCAUAACCUUUUGAGUUUCUUAACAGAAUAUUCCAGUUUCAAUAGUAUAGCAAGUUAAGCCCACACUGUAAAUGAUUGUGUGUAGAAAUUACAGAAUUAAUGUCAGCUGUUUGCUUACUGUAGAUUUAAUUUAAUGUAAUUUACUGGCAACAGUUUGUUCAACGUUAAAUGAACAUUAACAAGUCUUUGUCUUUACAUAAUAAAACUAAACUAACAAACUCAUGCAAAGCAUUCUGGGAACCAAAAUCUGAAGGGAAAAAAACAGAAAAGGGUUGAUGAGGAUUUCUAGUGCUUUGCAUGAGGCUGUUAUUUUAGUUUUAUACUGUAAUGAUGAAGACAUUUUAAUGUUUAAUCUUCAUUUAACUUUGAACAAACUGUUGUCAGUAAAUAACAUGCUGUAGAUUUAUAUUUAAGUUACUGGCAACCAGCUGCUUAACAGCACAUUUUUUAUAGUGCUAACAGUCAACAGCAUUUGUGUUAUAAUGUUGAUUGGUUGCCAAAGAUUGAGAUUACAGUUAGUAUAGAAAUGUAAACAUACAGGUGUUCACAUGAUUUUAGUUGGCAAAAUUUGAAGUUAUAUCCAAAAAUAUCUUUACACAUUUGGCAGAGGCUUUUUUCUAAACGGGUAAUACUGCGUUCGAUACAUUUCUUUCAUCAUUACAUGUGUCCAGCUGGGAUCGAACCCAUGACCUUGGUAAUACUAAACCACAAUAAAUUCAACAUGUAUUUUGUUUACAUAAUUUUUAUAAAAGCUUGGCUGUAAUCAUAAUUUUACUUUUAAAUAAUAGAGGAUGUGUCUUUUGACAUAAUCAGCAUUAUUCCACACAUGCUGACAAUUAACCUUAACUUGUGUUGAUCCUGACAUAUAUAUUGUGUGCCGCUACAGCAAAUACUCCUUCUUUGUGUCCAAAUACACCUCAUACUGUAUGCAAAAAUCCUCAGUGCUGUAUUUAAAAGAAGAAACAGUAGAUUAAUGUUUGGAUGGUCUGCUGCUUCUGAUAAGGUUUUUAGGUGCACUUUUUGGGUGGAUACUUUUUAUUCCCACAAGGUCAAAUGAAGAAAGACAAAAACUAACUUACUGUUUGCCAGGCAGCUCUUUUUAAGUGUGUUAUAUAUACUCAGAAAUGUAUACUUUGUAUGUCUGUAGCACGCACGCACGCACACACACACAAGAACAUACUGUUUUAUAACUAAUGCAGGAUAUGUACUUUCACAGUAUGCAAUUUUGUACGUAAGGCAUGAAACAUGCAAUCUAUUGCUAUUUUCCUACUGUCAUGAUGUCAUUAUUGUAUGGAAUUGUAUGUCAUCAUAAUGGUGUCCCUUACAAUUAUAAAACAUUAACUUAAAGGGGAUAAAUCAUGUAAAUCGGA